GCUAAUUCAGAAACACAACAAACCCCGGAAAAGGAAAGCGGAAGAACAAGCUAAAAAAGUACUAAACAGCUGAAAUAAACAAGUAAACGCAUGCAUAUUAGAAGAAUAGCAGUUAAAAUGUAACAUUUGCAAAGAUUAUCCGCGUCGAAACUUGGCGGAAGAGGUAAAGCAGACGUAAGCGUAGCUAAUAGCUUAAUUUGACAAAAAGACGCUGCAGCGCGCCUGAAACUGAUGACAACAACGUGUUAACGAGCGGUUUGUGAUGAUCAGUAAGGGUUUGAUCCGCUGUGUGCCAAAGCCACAGUGCUGUUCAGUGUCAGGUAAGUUGUUUUGGCUACUUUUAGCUAACCCUUAGCGUGCCUGUGUGUUCACAGGUGCUUGUUUCACACCAAUAUUUAUAUCUGCUUUCCUUUGCGGGCCACUCCUUUUAGUUCUGCUUUUUUCCAGCUUCAGUAUUGGGUUCGUGCAAACUUUCUGUUUAGUAAACACAUCUGGCUUUGUGCCCAGUCGUCCUCUCUUUACUGUGAAAUGACCUGACUCGGGUACACCGGUUCCAGUAUCUAAUGACAAUGGCCAGAAUAGCCUGGUAUCAAGAGAAGAUCGGGGCCUAUGAUCAACAAGUUUGGGAGAAAUCUCUUGAGAAAGCAGAUCUAAAUGGUUUGGACAGCAAACCAAAGAAGACGGGUCACAUCAAGCCAGACCUCAUUGAUGUUGAUUUAGUCAGAGGAUCCACCUUUAGCAAAGCUAAACCAGAGAGUCCAUGGACGGCUCUGACUCGAAAGGGUCUGGUCAGAGUGCUGCUGUUCCCAUUUUUCUACCAGUGGUGGAUCCAGGUGACCUCUAAGUCCAUCUCCUCAUGUAUCCUCAUGCUCUACAUUAUGCAAGUGGCAGCGAUGCUGCUGUACUUUGAGGUCCCUAGGGCAAGUGCCAGCGAGGUGUUUGGACCCAUGUGUCUGAUGCUGCUGCUGGGUACCGUGCACUGCCAGAUUGUGUCGACUGAGUCCAGCCGGUGGCCCUCAGGCAGUCCAGCUGCCAGCAGCACCACCAGCCCAGCGCGCAGGAGGAGGCCAAGAAAGAGCAGAGGGUUGAAGAAAUCUGAAGAAAAGAAAAACAGCCGGGACGCAGAGCAGCUGGGCUCCUGGCAGUUUGAGGAACCCCAGCAUUUAUUCAGAGAAGAGGAGAGGAGGAACAAAGGAAAGUCAGAGUUUGGGGAAUCUGAUGAGCUCUCCAGUGAGGAAGAGGAAGGAGUACAACCAGUGAAAACACCUCAUCAGGAAAGAAACCCCGCCGCAGCCUGUCCAACUGCUGCACCAGUGUCUUCUAUUCGGAAAAGACACCCAAAGCCUAACCCCAUAACUACACCGAGGCCUCAGGAAGAGAGUGGAGCUGCCAACAAAGUGAAGCCUCGUGAGGUGGAGCGUCUCAGGCCAAGCGUGGGCUCACGUCCUGCCUCCGACACCGACGACACGAUGUGGGAGGAGCUUCUCCAAGGCCCUGAUACUGCCUCCACAGAGAGCAGUGACAGUGAGGAUAGUGGGAGAUGCAACACCAGCGUGACCGUCCCACAAAACGCCGCCCUGACCAGCGAUGACGAUGAUGAAAGCCUACAACAAGCAAUCACUGGAAGCCAGCUGUCUUGGCUGCAGGCGUGUCACCCGUCCAAGGACCGUGUCAGUGCCAUCAUAUGGGAGCAGGGCGAGUGUAAGAAAGCAGAAAUGUCUGUGUUGGAGAUCAGCGGGAUCAUCCUCACACGGGUGAAGUUAGCGGAGCAGGGCAUGGGCUAUCUUGUGCUCGGCGGGCUUAUGACUGCCACUCUGGUGCUGCUCCCCUUUGCCUUCCGCUUGGCUCAGCGUCUGGACAUGUCGAGCCUCACCUCCCUGUCCGUGUCAGAGCUGAUGGAAAUAGCAGUUGGGCCACCAAAUACACAGGCCUAUGCCUUUUUCUUCAUCACAACAAUGCAAAGAGUCUGCCUCAUAGGACUGGUCUUCUUCAUGAUGUGUGUGGCUGAGAGAACAUACAAACAGAGACUUUUAUUUGCCAAGUACUUCAGCCACCUCACUUCAGCUCGCAAGGCCAAGAAAUCUGAGAUUCCCCAUUUCAGGCUGAAGAAAGUGCAGAAUAUAAAGAUGUGGCUGUCCCUACGAUCUUUUCUCCGGAGACGAGGGCCGCAGCGCUCCGUUGACGUCAUUGUCUCCACUGUUUUCCUUUUAGCGCUUUCCAUUUCAUUCAUCAUUUGCGCUCAGCUUCUGCAAAGCCACAAGACAUUCCUAGAGUCUCUCAUAAACUGGGAGCUCAUGGUGUGGUGCUCCUCCCUCAUCCUUUUUCUGCUAAGGCUUGCCACGCUGGGUUCAGAGACCAACUCCAAGUAUAGUAACUCCUCAGUGCUGCUUACUGAGCAGAUCAAUUUGUAUCUCAGGAUGGAGAAAAAGCCCAAUAAGAAAGAAGAACUCAGUAUUGUGAAUAAUGUUUUGAAACUGGCUACAAAACUAAUGAAGGAGCUCGAUACUCCAUUCAGACUGCUGGGUCUCACAGUGAACCCUCUGAUCUAUAACAUCACCAAAGUUGUCAUUCUCUCUGCUGUGUCUGCUGUGGUCAGUGACCUGCUUGGUUUCAACAUCAGACUGUGGAAAAUCAAACCUUAAUGUGAAAACUACAAACCACUAACAGUCGGACACUGGAGGCCAGAAUCUCUUUCUCCCUCUACUGCGGACACGUACUCAUCGACAAAAAGUGUGCAAAACCUACUGACGCUAUAUUCUGUUAUCUGUGCCUUCCAGCUGAGUUUCAUCAGUCAUUCACAAGCCUGAGAUGCUCUGACAAUCGCACACACGCCAUUGCUGGCUGCUCAGCUGAUCUGCUAUCACAUUUUCCAUCAGCCAUGCCACUAGCUCAGUGCCUCACCUCUGACUCUUGAAUGUUCUGUAAAUGGUUAAAUAUAGCAGCAAGCUGAAGUCUGAGAUCGUUCCAGGCUCCUGUGGCAUCCAGAUUUAUAAAUGUUUCUUGUUCAUUUAUGUGGGCAUGUAAAUGAGCAGAUAAUGUGUAUAGUUUGCUUAGUCUUAUUUACUGAUAUUCCUCAUAAAUAUAGUGUGCCAGUAAAUCAAAAUAGGUGGCCAGAUGUUAAUUUUUUUUUUCCAUAGGACUCAACUUUUAUUUCAAUCUUUUGUACUAUUUAAGGGGACAUUUAAGUUGGUUUUAUUUAUUUGGGGUUUUAGCACUUGUUCUGUUAAAUCAUUGCUCUUUGACCACUAUCUGCCUUUUAUAAUGAGGUCUGUAUUGCUGAAUAAAGUAACUAUGCAAAUAAGCUAGUUAUGCUUAUUGUAAAAAAAAAAAAAAAUGUUUGAAAGAUUAAAAAAAAUAAAAUGAU